AUGCGGUUUCUGCUUCUCUCCGUCAUCUUAUGCUUAGCCCUCGUGCUGACGGCUUCGUCACCAAUGGACCUGGACUUUUGGCUUAGAAAUCGGCCGACACAAUUCCGGCUGUCACGGUCUGCACGGACCAAGGGAGGAGAACCCGGCGUUAAAGGUAUUAGCCCACCACCGCCAAAGUUAAGUGUAAGAAAGGGCGAGUAUAUAUGUGGGAAUAAAGUGUGCAAGCUCAUGCCGGGGGUAAUACCUGAGGGUUGUAAUGGCAUCUGUCAAUACCCCGUC